ACAAAACCUGACUUAUCUCCUCUCUCACUCUCUCUCUCUCUCUCAUCAGUCUCUAUGGCCGACCCAGAACAAGAACCAACUGACACAGCUCAUCAUUUGACGAUUCCACUCGGGUUGACUCAGGCUGAGUUCGAUGAGUUAGCUCCAUUUAUAUCUGAGUUACACACCUACAGAAUCGUCCCAAGCCAAUGUUCUUCUCUGUUAGCCCAACGCAUCAUGGCUCGAAACGACGUCAUCUGGUCCAUAGUACGCCGUUUCGACAAGCCACAGACUUACAAGCACUUCAUCAAGAGCUGCACCGUGGAGCCAGGAUUUACAAUGACUGUAGGGUCCACACGUGACGUCAACGUGAUCUCCGGCUUACCGGCUGCCACCAGUACCGAGAGGCUGGAUAUCUUGGACGAUGACCGACAAGUCACGGGUUUUACUAUUAUUGGAGGAGAGCAUAGGCUGAGGAAUUACCGGUCGGUGACGUCUGUGCAUCGGUUUGAACGUGACGGUAGGAUCUGGACCGUUGUUUUAGAAUCGUACGUUGUCGACGUACCACAAGGAAACACUGAGGAGGACACGCGGCUCUUUGCCGAUACAGUUGUGAAGUUGAACCUCCAGAGAUUGGCGUCUGUCGCUGAAGGAUUGGUGCGUGAUGGUGACGGACGGUAAAUGACAGGUGAUUUAACCUUUUUAAAAAAAAAAAAAAAAAAAAGGUACAGACGAACAAAAACAGAUCAGUCCUUUCCUUAGUUUCGUUUUCUGUUUUUCAUUUUACAUUUGUUCCUCUGUUUCCAUUACUAUGUUUUUCCCGCUCCUUUUUCUUUUCGCCUUUUGCGGUUUAUUUUCAAUUGGCAGUCGUCGGAAUUACAAAAACGGUGUAUUGUUGGAAGGCAUUUGACUUUGAUCUCAUGGCGCUGAUGCUGGGUUUCGGGAUUGGAAUUGUGUUAAAAUGCUGAGGGCAUUACAGUUAAUACACCUGUACAGAGAUGUUAAGUAUCAAGGGCGACGCUGUCUUUUAAAUUAUUAAUUUUUCCUUUAAUUUGUGUAGAGUCUGGAAAAAGAAAUGUUUUCAAUUUUUUGCAAUGCAAUGUUGAUUUUGAAGUUUUCA